CAAAAACACUUUCGUGCGCACAUGUUCUCAUCGUUCGCGACGCCAAGAACGGAGCACGAGAACAACGGUAACGGCGACUUCGAUCGCGCUCUAACAGUCUGGUCCCCGCCACUCUUUGAUCACUUGUUUUGGGUGAUCAAAGAGUGGCGGGGGCGGGGACUAGACUAGGAGAUUGCAUCCGGUUGUGCUGGUUCUCGUAAGAAAAUAACCAGUUUACUUGUUGUCACAACUUGCCAUACUUGAUCGUUGUAUUGAUGCCUUGUUGUGUAAAUAAGAGCAAGUGACACAACCUGUUAGAAAUCCACUCUUCGUUUUCAAAAGGGGAAAAAACCCAAAAUGUAAACAAAUCUGCACUGCUACCUGUGGACUUCCUGUUUAUUCAGUUGUUUCCAUGACAACCAUCAAACGGUACAUGACGAUGUUGAGUUUCAAACUGAAGCGGCACAGGAAGGGGAUUUUCUGUACCCUGGGAGUGCUGCUCAUCAUAUUCGUCCACAGAUAUUUUAACAGUGAUUACUAUUUGAUACAAGAGUUUAAAAUCACUCCACGACCAUCACCUACUCCACUGAAGCAAGAUCAGAAGACGGCCUCUGCUAAAGUACAAUAUCUGUCCGUGGAAAAAUCCCAGGAGUACAUCAAUUACAUGGCAGAGAACUUCGUCAUUAAUUUCACAGUACUCAGCAACAGAGCCUCAACCAGUUUUAAAAAGAUCUCUGUGUUCAACAAGGGCAAUCUUCAAAUACCCAAAUUUAUUUGGAGCAUCUAUUUUUAUGACAUAACUUUCGUAGGAAAUAGCCGAUACCCUUACCCACGGGGCCUUCAUUUGGAUGAUUCGGAACUUUUGAUUUUCCAUGAGUCCGGGAAUUUGUAUCGUCUACAACCAACGAACAAAUUUCCAAAAUAUAUCAACCCUGGUGACACUAUUGAAGUGAUAUAUGACGCGUAUGGACCACAUGUGUCAAGGUUUUUCACUUUUCCCAAUUGGUUUGUGUCGUGCUUGACUUGUGAGCCACGACUGUUGAAGUCCACCCAGAGUGAGAGUUUGGAGUUUGUCGGAAAGUUUAGUAAAACACAGCAGGUGAAACGAUUCGAGGAUGACAGAGUGAAGAUGUUAACAGUUCAGGACAGAUUCAAAAGGAACUCGGCCAUAGUAAACACACUAAGGCCUCCCACCAAUGCCAUCAUCCCUACCCCCCUAAUGGUGGAGGGUAAGGAAGAAGACUACCUCCUCGUCUCCACCCACUGGACCAUCAGCGCAAAAAACUUCAAGAAGGAAGCGGAGAUUCUUGCAGAAUUGCUUCAGUUGGAUAUGAAGAAGGGAGGGGCAGUGACGAGUGUCAUAACCUUCGCUAAAAAAAACGUCAGUUUACCCAGUGACUCACGUCUCUCUAAAAAGGAGGCUUACGAGAUUUUGAUUGACCCCAACUCGGAUUCCAUCCAAGUGCAUGCAAAUGCAGAUGCAGGGGCCUUUUACGCAGUUCAAACACUUCUCUCCAUUCGGAAGAAAGAGUAUGACAAGAAGGCUAAUUUCAUUGGCUAUCACUUUCCCAAAAUAAAGAUCACAGAUGCCCCACGAUUUGAGUAUCGAGGGCUGAUGGUAGACGUUAGUCGUAAUUUCGUUUCCAAGACAACCAUUUUGAAACUGCUGGAUCUGAUGGCAAUGUAUAAGGUCAACAAGUUUCACUUUCAUCUGACGGACGACGACGGAUGGAGGCUGGAGAUCCGGAGCUUUCCAGAAUUAACAGAAUAUGCAUCAAAACGCUGCAUGGACCAAGCGAACGAGGUGUGUCUCCCGCCAUCAUUAGGAUCCGGUCCGUACAGCAACACCUCCGGAUCUGGGUACUACUCAGUGGAAGAUUACAAGGAGAUCUUAAGGUAUGCAAAAGCCAGACACAUCCAGGUCAUUCCAGAAUUAGAUGUUCCAGGUCACUCCAGAUCAGCUGUACAAGCUAUGGAGCUGCGGCACAGGAAAACAAAAAAUCCGAGCUACCGUCUCAUAGAUCCGAACGAUCACUCCAGAUACAGGUCUGCACAGGCCCAUACAGACAAUGCUGUAAAUCCAUGUAUGAAUUCAACAUAUGACUUCUUCAAGACCGUUCUGCUUGACCUUCACGACAUGCACAAGGACGUUCAACCUUUGACAUUUUACAUGUUGGGUGGAGAUGAAGUGGCACGUGGGGCGUGGGAGAAAUCACCUGUGUGUGAAAAAUUAAAAGUGGAAAACAAAUUGAAUGAUUACUAUGAUUUAAAGAAGUAUUUUUUCAAGAGGUUGAUAACAGAACUUAAGAUGGAGGGAAUGCACGUUGGAUUGUGGGAGGAUGCUGUGCUUAAUGAUAGACUGGAGCCAAAGAAUCCACUGGAUGAAAGUAAAGUGGGACAACUCUACGUCUACAGUUGGACUAACAUUUGGGAAUGGAAGAGAGGUUCCUUGGCCUACAAGCUUGCCAAUGCUGGUUUUCAGGUGGUUAUGUCCCCUGCCACAUGUUUGUAUUUUGACCACCCCUACGAGCCUGACCCUGAGGAGAGGGGACUGUACUGGGCGACCCGGUACAUAGACAGCCGGACCACCUUUAACUAUCAGCCAGACAACAUUUACUGGAACCGGGGAACCAGACACAAUGGGGCAGAAAUGUCAGACGAAGUUCUGUGCUCAGGAGGUUGUCCCCCCUUAAAGGCCCCUGAAAACAUUAGAGGGAUCCAGGCAGACUUGUGGACGGAGACAAUCCGGACUCCGGAUCAGGUGGAAUACAUGUUGUUUCCACGGUUACUAGCAUUCGCAGAGAGAGCUUGGCACAAGGCACCGUGGGAACACAUCAAAGUGGAAGCUCGGCGGAAACUGAAACAGCAGACAGAUUGGGAAAUGUUCGCAAACAAAGUGGGUCACAAGGAGCUGAGACGAUUGGAGGAAAUGGGAGUCACAUACCGCUUAGAUCCCCCCGGUGCUAGGUUCAAUAACUCUAUAUUGGAGAUAAACUCCAUUUUUCCUGGGACCCCUACAGAGUACAGCAUGGAUAAUGGCUUGACAUGGAAAAAACAUGAUCCAGAAAUUUCAAAUAAACUCGCGCACAGAGGAAAGAUUUUCGUCCGAUCCUCAUCGUUUGAUGGAAAGAGAAAAAGUCGAAUGGUAUCCGUGGGGGGAUUUUGAUUCCGGGUUCCGUUCACAGCCAUCGUCCAUUGUAUAAAUGACUGUUUAUCACAGCCAUCGUCCAUUGUAUAAAUGACUGUUUAUCCAGUGUGUAGUCAGUGCUUUAAAUGGUUUGGGGACAUAAGCUGCUACACAUGUAGGUACACACAUUCCACGGCCGCAGCUUGAGUAGGAGUUAGUGUUUUACAAUACUGAUAAUCGACAUAUAAACAUUGAUAAACAUCAUGAAAGUCUUUAAACACUGAUAAUCAACAUGUCAACACUGAAUUACAGCAUAAACAUGUUAACACUGAUAAACAUGAAGACAUGUAAACAUUAAUAAACAACUUAAACAUGUAAACACUGAUAAACAGCAUAAACAUGACACAUGUAAACAUUAAUAAAAAGCUUAAACAUGUAAACACUGAUAAACAUCAUAGACAUGAAGACAUGCAAACAUUAAUAAACCGCUUAAACAUGUAAACACUGAUAAACAUCAUAAACAUGAAGACAUGUAAAUAGUAAUAAACAGCUUAAAAUGUGUAAACACUGAUGAACAUAAUGGAGAAAUGUAAAAAGAUGUAAAGAUUGAUAAAUAUCAGAAAUACAUGUGAAAAUUGAUAAACAUCAUAAAUACAUAUUAACAUAUUUAUAAAUAGCAUGAAUACAUGUAAAAGUCAAUGUGAUAAACAUGAUGAAAAUAUGUAAACACUGAUUAACUUCAAGUCCAGAUAAACAGCUUGGAGACCUGUAAACAUUGAUAAACAUCGUGGAGACCUAAUAACAAUGAUAAAUGUCCUGGAGACCUGUAAAUACUGAUAAAUGUCAUGGAAACAUGUAAAAUAUGCGAUUCAUGUGAGUGCAACAUAAUAAAAUAUAGUGUAUGUGUAAUGAAUGAGAUCUUAUUGAAUUAUCCUAUUUUGUGAAUCAAAUUCACAUGAUGUUGUGUGAAGUGGCUAACCAUUGAUGGUAAUGUGAGCGUGGAAGGAGAGAGGGACUCAUACUGUCAGUGUUAUAUAUGUUUUGUGCCUGGUGUAUUUUUCAUUUAUGAACUUCUGUAUGAAUGCAAAGAGAAGUGUUUGAUGCUUGUAAUGUUGACACAAAGAGAAGUGUUUGAUGCUUGUAAUGUUGACAGGAAGUGAAAACUACCAUGACACAUGUUAUGAGUAAUUAUUGUUUCUGAUUGUUAUAUUUAUAUUAUGUACCUCUGCUGUGUAUACAUUCCUUCAUACAUAUCACUAUACCAAACUGCCUUGUUUUGUUUUUAGAGUAGAAAUUUAUAUUGUAUAUUGACCACAACUCAUUUUCUAUACAGCUGGUGAACAAUGCUAGAAGACUAUGUUUGUGUGAAGAUGUCAGUUAUUAAAUAACCAAAAGCAAAUAUCUCACAACUGAUAAUUAGAGAAACUUAAGACAAAACAUCACACGGAUAUUACAAAUAUCUCACAACUGAUAAUUAGAGAAACUUAAGACAACAUCACACGGAUAUUACAAAUAUCUCACAACUGAUAAUUAGAGAAAGACAAAACAUCACACGGAUAUUACAAAUAUCUCACAACUGAUAAUUAGAGAAACUUAAGACAAAACAUCACACGGAUAUUACAGUAGUAAUGAAUCAGUGCGAGGAAUUCAUUUAAGGAAUGACUUUAAUUCUGGGGCAAGUUAUAGAGUAUAACCUGGUUUGAUCAGUUUACGCUUUAUAAUCCGCGAAGCGGGUUAUAAAAAAGCGUAAACUGACCCAAACCAGGUUAUUCUCGUAUAACUUGCCCCAGAAUUAAAGUCAUUCCUUAUAAUUUAAUGCAAGAGACAAAGAUGCUAACCUUCGUUUAUCAAAAUGUACAUAAACUCGGAAAAAUACAAGUCAACCAAGCCGCGCAAUGAUUUACUUAGCAACAGCGACACGAAGCGUCUAGCUGCGAAGCCAAAGGUCGCCAUCUUAGUUCUACGGAGCCUAGCUAACCAUUUAUCAAACUAUUGUAUCGAAAGUGAAGUUUAUCAUGAUAGAAAAUAUGUGUAGACUAUCCAUGUAAUGCUGAUUUCGCUGCCCUUUAGAGAUAGAGAUCGACUUUGAAGUCGCUCAUCUCCGACAGAUUGAGAAAAUACGGGAAAUUGCAUUGUUUAGGCCUACCCAAAAUAAAUCUUCAAAUAUCCGAAAAUACAAUAAUUUACGGCUUUCAACUCUGUGAAAACUUCUACUAAACGAAAACCUACCCUUGUGUGCAAUGUUGUCGCUAAUAGUAAAUCCGACACAAGAAAAUAUGUAAGCAAGUAAUAAAUAGCGAUCCACAUGUCAAUGUGUCUGACGUCAUGUGAUAAAAUGUGACGUAUGAAUUUUUGUUUGCUUUGUUGAAAUGAAACAAUGCACCCCCCCCCCCCUCCUUUUCCCAAGUGAGAAAUGUAUUUCAAAAUGAACAGGGUAAUUCUUACUUGGCAAAUCAUUAAUUCGAAUAUAAUAUUUUUGUUUUAAUCUAUUAAUAGUAUUAUUCGACCAUACAUACAGAGAAAGAUGUUUUUCAAAAGUGAUUUGCGUACAAGUAGACCUAGAUGCUAAUAUUGACAACGAGAAAACAACAUGUGUAUCAAACCGAAGUAUCUUCAUGUGCACGUUGACUUUCUAUUCCAUAGAACGCUGAAAACAGUGCUGCGAUGUAAAUUGAGAGAGAGAGAAAAAAAAUAGCUCCGACAUCUGGUUGUCAAGGGGAUGUGUCCCCAUACCAAACCAGGUUAUACAAAAAUAACUUCCGUUCCUCAAUUGGAAAUUGACCAAUCAGAGACAAGGAUACAAUAAGAAUUAAAUUAUCAUGACGUAACUUUAAAGAAAAUGUAGAUUCCUGAAUAAAAUUUGAUUGUGGUUCAUCCAUGACAUCCACAUUAAAUUCUGAAGUUAUUUUUUAAUAUAUUUGGGGUGUUGUUUAGUGAUUUCGGGAAUUUAUUUAAAAACUAUUUUCAUUUUUUCAAAAGACAUGAAGGUAUGGAUUGUGACGGCUGAUUCUGGUGUGUAGAGUGUUAUGUAUGACAUAUGUUUACAUUACACAUGUAUAUACAUUCAUUCCUAUAAGAUUCCCCAGCUGUUCAAAUAAACGCACUAUAUGUAUCAUUAGUUCUGUAUCUAUCCACCCUUUGUUUAAAACUACGGUGUAUUCAUGAGAUCAUGACUAUCAUUACAGUUUGUAAAGACAACAAAGGCAAAAACACUGGCAAUGUAGAUUUACCUUAGAUAUUUUACUUUCUAACAGGGAGUUUAUAUAUGCUUGUAUUUUUGGUUGGGUCCAUAAUGAUAUUUGCAAUGUAUAAAUAGCUUGUAAGUUUAUGUAGUAUUUAUGUGCCCUAUAAAGGAAAUUAUAGCGAUUUUAUACAUAUCAUUGCAAGAACUUUAAUUAUCAUGGUAAAGUUUUUUUAAUUGUAGCACCGUUUAUAGGGCAUAUUCCAUUUAUAUAAAUAAUGUAUAAUAUUUUUGUACGAAAUGUUUGAAAGCUGAAUAAUAUACCCGAGAAUUCUGACCUGUAUUGAGAGUGGAGGGUGUGUGCAAUAAGAUUUUGAAUUUGAAAAUUUUUAAAGUUAUCUCAUUUAGUUUUUUUAUCAUAGUUUGAAAAUAUCUUUCAGCUAGAAAAAAAAUCAAACACCCCUUUAACCAACAAUCUGCGCAGCUGCAGUUGACAUAUUAAGAUUUAAAUACCCACUAUACAAUCAAAUGUAAAAGGAAUAUACAAAUAUUAAUGGUGUGUAUCCAUGUUGAAACAGGAAGUCGGCCAUUACUACGAGGUGUUAUUCUUCCUUAAGGAAUAUUGACGAUUUGAGGUUUUCUGUAAUUUUGAAUGUCCCUUGAAGUUCACCAUGGCUAAAGAGACGUUUGGGGUACCAUGUGUUGACUGACCGACACCCCCCCCCCCCCUUAUUUAUGAUAGUGGAGAAGUGAAAUUGUUCCCUUUGCAUUCGGUGUAGUAUGUAGGGAUUGUCUCUGUAAAUUUGAUUGGUGUCUUGAGUGCCGUGUAUGAUAUUUGAAUGUUAACAUAAGUUUCCUUUUAUUUGGAGUGUUUCCUGAAGUGCCCUGUGAUUUUAUUUUUGUUAGUAAUUCCACUCCAGUUUUUCUUAAUUUUUUUUAAUGGAAAUUUUGUUUUGCUGGAGUUUUGAUCUUGAGUUUUAGUAUUCAUUAUAGAACCUUAUUGGGACCUGUUAGUGUGUCGGCUGUGGGUUGGAUACAUUUUGUUAUUAAAUUACAGGUUAUCUGAUCCAUUGAAAAAAACAAAUCGUUUUACCGUGAAAUAUUAUGUCCACGAAAAUAAAUGGAAUCUCAAUAUGUUUUGAUGUGUGUUAUUUGUCUGUUGCUGUAUCAUGAUGCAUUUACUUUAUUCUUAUCAUGUGAAGCAAUGAAUAAACGCACUUUAAUUCAAUACUUGAUAGAUCUUACAUUCGUUAGCUGGUUGGAAUUUUUAAAUGCUUUUUAGUUUGUUAUUAUAUUGCAUUUUCAAUUGACGUCUAGCUGGACGCUAAUUUUAACUUUAUCAUCAAAGAUAAUCGGGAGCUCUUACAAACAUUGCUGGUGUAGCAUUCAAGAUUUUCAACAUCCAGGUAAUACUUGGUUUGUAAUACAUUUAUUCAAAACGAAACCGAAAGUAAGAUACGAGCGAGGUAGCUAUGAAUUUGAUGCAGGCGUAAACACGUGGUUAUGAGGGGUUGAUAGGGAAUGACAGAGUACUAAAAACACCAUCCCCUUCUUCCAGUUUAAGAAGAAAAGCGGUAAUCAGACUUAGUUGAUUAAAAACACCAUAUUUUGUGACGAUUUUUGCUUUGUGAAUUUAUUAUUUAUUGUUCAGAAACCUUACAAACAUCGAUAUGAAUUCGUUGGAGAUUAAAUGUGCCUUCUACAUAGCAGAUUGUGUUCACUCUGUGGGGUAUACUUAUGAAGAAAGGUGUCCAUGGAUAUGUUGACAUUUAUGUUUUAAGGUUGAUCGAUCCUAAUGUGAUGUCAUAGGUUUUUGCAAAAAUCUUAAUAAAUUAAACUUUGCGCAUGAUAGAAAUAUAUCUUUCAGUGGAAUUUUAUUCACUGGAUAUAAUAAAAAAUCUGGUAAACUAUAAAUACUGAAAAAGUUUAUAUUUCCCAUAGAUAAUCCAUUAAUUAUGAUGAGAAAUAUGUUAUCAAGGGCAAUAACUCCUCUGCUGGAAUUUCCUCUGCAGGAUGUCUAUUAUACAUUGAUUUCCCUAAUAUCCACAAACAAUCUAUACAUAUUUAUGAAUUAGCCGUUUUUAAAACUGUUGAUAUUUAAAUUUUGUCAUUUCAACAGUUUUUAUCUAUUUUUAUUAUUCUGUUAGAUCGAAAAUGUGUGAUUUUCUGAUGUUGAUGUAUACUUCUGUUUUUUGUAUGUCUGACAUCUUUAAAAAUGUGGCAACAUGUACAUUUUCUUUGGUUAUUAAUUAAAUUGAACUAUAUGGAGUGGAAAUUAAUAAAGUUUCCCCAUUUUUAACCAUUAAUAUUGAUAAGUUACAUGAGGAUGGAGCUACCUUAAAUGAAGAUCAAUCUGAAAUUUCAGCGUUAAUGUAUUUCUCCAAACAUACGUAUUCAGUUUUCUAAUGCACGAAAUAAACUGUUUUUAUAAUUG